AUGUCGGCCCAAGGCGCCUUCCACCGCCUCCUCUCCUUCUUCGCAGCCCGCUCCCCGCGUCCAAACACCUCGACAAUAACCUUCAUGGACUCCCUCCGCGGCGACCUCUCCCUAGGUCUCAACUUCCCCGUCGCAGUCUUCCUAGCCACAGUUCGUCAUCUCGUCUUCCGCAACACCGGAUUCUGGUCUUUGACCAUCUACAUCCCCACCGUCCGCACAAGUCGCAAACUGCUGGGUGGGCCUUCUGCAUGCAAAGAUUUGGAUGAGAGCAAAAGAUAUGGGUGUGGGGAGUUGGUGACGCUGGCAAAGGAUGAUGGUGUUGUUGCGCAGGCUGAUGCAGUGGGGUUGUGGAUGAUUGCUGCUGAGACGGAUGGUAAGGUCAAGGGAGAAGAGGUGAGGAUGUUUCAGAAGGGGGAGAUUAUGGAGAGGAUUGCUUCUCGUAGAAGGGGUAUGGACAAUGUAUUGCCGUUUUGGAGGGGUGGGCCUUUGAUGNUGAGUUUCUUUUUGCUGCUGGACUUGGGCGAUGCUGAUGUUCUCGAUAGUCCUUUUGCUCAUUCGUGGGCUGUCAAGAAGGCUUUUGAUGUCGAGGUUUAUGAUGGUCACAAGAGAGCUUGA